AUGUCGUUUGCGUCGAGCACUGACGCGGCCGACCGGCGACGUCAACAGAACAGAGAGGCGCAGAGGAAAAGGCCCCCGAAACUAGUCGCCCAAUUGGCUCAUCAAAUCGACAACUAUGAGCAAGUCUUGUCGCCCUCAAAUUUGGAAGCGCGGUCCGUGAGGGCUAGCGAGGAUGUCGACACGCUCUCGACGUCUCCGUGGUUACAAACAGCGGCCGUGUCUAGAAAUGAAGAUCUCAAUUCCGACAUGAGUUUUGACUGCUUACAGGCUGUCUUCUCAUCGCCAAAUUCCAACCCCCAGACCGAAGCUAGUAGUGCGAGAGGACUGGACACUGCCCUGAAUAAACAACCGAGCCCGAUUUCUACUUUACGUGAUGACCAUAGCAAAAAAUGGCACAGGGCCGUGCAGGUAGCCAUCACAAAUCGACAGGCCUCGAUAGUGCAUCUUCUUGUAAAACACGGUGCCAAUGUGAAUGCCCAAUACGAUAAAGGCCGCACAGCGUUGCAUCAUGUGGCUGAGACCAAUGAUUUCGAGAUGGCCCAGGUACUCCAAUUCGCAAGUCACAGCUUCGACGCAAUCCUCGUCGAGGUGCUCACGCCGCUGCUGGCUGGGGCAUGUGUGUGCAUUCCAUCGGAUGAACGCCGCCUCAACGACCUGGCCGGUGCCAUAAGAGACUUACGCGUAAACUGGAUGGGGGUGACCCCAACUCUGGCUAAGGUAAUAGACCCUAAAGAUGUGCCCGAGCCGCAGACGCUCUGCCCCUGGGGCGAACCAGCCACCGGGGAGGUAAUAGAAUCGUGGGCCGAUGCAGUCGAAAUGAUCAACAUCUACGGUCCUUCCGAGGCCUCCGUGGAAUCUACGUUUCAUUCGUGGUCCAAAGGAACCCGAAAUCCGUCUCACAUUGGUAAAGCAAUAAAAGCAGCCAAUACCUGGAUCGUUCGUCUCGACAAUCGAGAGCAGCUCGCUCCUAUAGGCACGAUUGGCGAGUUAGCUGUGCAAGGGCCAACUGUGGCCAGGGGGUACUUACAUGACCAUGUCCGCAGCUCUGUUUCGUUCAAAGAUGGCGCUCCUUGGCUGCAACCUGAUGCCGUACACCGACGCGUUUACUACACGAGCGACCUCGUGCGAUACGCCGCCGAUGGAAGCUUGGAAUUUUGGGGCAGGCGUGAUACACAAGUCAAAAUUAGGGGUCAUCGCGUCGACCUUCAGGAAAUUGAAUAUCAUAUCAACCAUAGCCAAGCAGGGAGCUACAUGACUUCAGUCGUCGAGGUGGUUCGACCCGCCUAUAGUCCAACCCAAAAUAUCCUUGUUGCUUUCAUUUGUGAACGACGCGACGCCAUCUGCUCAUCCGGGAAUCCACUCCAGGCUGUCUCGAACGCCUCCCGAAAUACCGCGGUCAUGAUUGAAAAAUAUCUGGUAAACUGCUUACCGGCUCUUAACAACCCCCGACUAGCACAAUUUGCAUCAAUUAUUUCGAAAGAGCAUGCAACGGUGAAAGAAAAGCAAGCAAGCACCGGUUACUUAUCUUUCUCCUCCUUACCUCAUGCAUUCGUUGACGAUUUCUUGCGCGAGGUGGCAGCUCCCCGCUUAGGCGUCGAAGUUUCAGAUAUCGAAGACGCUGCCUUGGCCACGGAUUAUCAAAUUGAGAACCUUGCGUGGUCUUCCUUAAAAUCGCGCGGUGGCACGAACUAUAUACGCUUCCAGUUCAGGAAUGCUGGUCUUGACCACCGGCAACUCCAGCUGGCAAUUGAGCGGCUUGUCUCGUAUCACCAAAUAUUACGCACAGUCUAUUUGGUCUACCAACGACGUGUCUAUCAGGUUGUGCUAAAACAAAUACCAGUAGAGAUUGUCCACUGCACUCAAACAAGAGACGUAUCCAAGACAACCUCGGCCUUGAUCGAAUCCGACUCGCGCCAGCCCGUUGACAUUACCCGCGCACUCAUCAAGUUCUGGCUAGUACGCGACACGUACGGCGCGGUGAAGUAUCUCGUUCUCCGCGCCUCCCAUUUACAGUACGAUGACGUGAGCCUGAUCAGACUAUGUAAGGAGCUUGGCUUAGCGUUCGCUGGGGCUGAUCUGCUUCCAACAAGCCCAUACUUUGGCUACGUGCAUUUCGCAGCCAACCAUGAUGAACAAGGCGCCAGGCAGUUCUGGCGCAGUAUUCUAGCCGGAUCUUCAAUGACUAGUGUCGUUCAUCACACAAUUGAGAUGAUUGUCGACACCGCCAUCGUCCGGUCUCACUCGGAUAUCACCAUUGGCACUACUAUCAAAGCUGCUUGGUCAUUGGUUCUGGCUGAGAUGGCUGGUAGUGAUGAUGUCGUGUUUGGCUCCGUUACCUGGGGGCGAAACGCCAUGUAUCCCGGUGUAGAAGAUGUGACGGGUGCAUGUAUAGACAACAUCCCAGUGCGUGUGCGUCUCACUCCCAACAUGACGCAACUGGAUCUUCUACAACAGGUUCAAGGCCAAUAUUUUGAGGCCGUCAGCUAUGAGAGUUUCCGGUUCAAGCGCAUUGUAGAGGAAUACACCGACUGGAAACCUUGGGAGCGACUGAGCUCCCUAGUUGAGUACGAAAAUCUAGGGGAGGACUUCACCCAUUUCAUCAUAGAUGAAAGGCAUGAUUUGGUCGUUGAUGAGGUCCGACCGCCUGCAGGUCGGCACGAUAUAACGAUCUAUAGUACUCCAGUAGGCGACCAGGAGACCUUCAUCGCGCUUGACUUCUGCAAGGCAGUCGUGACUAAGCCAAUGGCACAGAGGAUGCUGACUCGUAUGAUAGAGCACAUACGACAGCUUCACGAUGAUCCAUACGGGCCGAUAGUCCUCGGUGCAGUCCACGAGACUGGACUACCGCACAUUCCCAUUCCAGUGCCAGCCACAAUCUCUUCAGAGGCCGAUUCAUGCGUGAGCCACGAUCACUUAAACAUCGAAAAUCUUGACGAUGACCUCGAUGACCCAAUACGCAAGCUUGUGGAGAGAGCGUGGACUGAAGUCCUGGUGUGCCAACCUGUAGAAGGUUCUACUAACUAUUGGACGGACCAGGUGCCGUUCUACCAUGUCUGGGGUAACCUCAUGGCUUCAUACGGAUUAGCAAAGUACUAG